GUAAGAAGAAGCCGGUGCUCAAGCUCAACAAGGAGGUGUUUGAGCAGCCAGCACCUGCUGCCGUACCCCCCAGAGAUUUGGACUCAAAGGCUUGUGUAACAAUCGGAGAGAAGAAAUGUGAGGUGAAGGCGGACGAACUGGAGCAGAUCUGUGAACUGGGCCGAGGAGCGUAUGGAGUGGUGGACCAGAUGAAACACGUCCCCUCUGGUCUCAUCAUGGCUGUGAAGCGGAUCCGGGCUACAGUGAACACUCAGGAGCAGAAGAGGCUGCUGAUGGACCUGGACAUCUCCAUGAGGACGGUGGACUGUUUGUACACCGUCACCUUCUACGGAGCGCUCUUCAGAGAGGGCGACGUCUGGAUCUGCAUGGAGCUGAUGGACACCUCCCUGGACAAGUUCUACAAGAAGGUGAUCGAGAAGGGCCUGACCAUCCCCGAGGACAUCCUGGGAAAGAUCGCCGUCUCGAUAGUGAAAGCUCUGGAGCAUCUGCACAGCAAUUUGCAAGUCAUCCACAGAGAUGUGAAGCCCUCCAACGUGCUGAUCAACACUCAGGGCCAGGUGAAGAUGUGCGACUUCGGCAUCAGCGGCUACCUGGUGGACUCUGUGGCGAAAACAAUGGAUGCUGGCUGCAAACCCUACAUGGCGCCGGAGAGGAUCAACCCAGAAACCAACCAGAAAGGCUACAACGUGAAGUCUGACAUCUGGAGUUUAGGGAUCACCAUGAUCGAGCUCGCCAUCCUGCGCUUCCCGUACGACACGUGGGGAACGCCCUUUCAGCAGCUGAAGCAGGUGGUGGAAGAACCUUCGCCCCAGCUUCCUGCAGACCAGUUCUCCCCGGAGUUUGUGGACUUCACCUCUCAGUGCUUAAAGAAAAUCGCCAAAGAGCGGCCGACCUACGCAGAACUGAAGCAACAUCCCUUCUUCACCGCCCACGAGGCCAAAGACACCGACGUGGCUAGCUUUGUGACCGUCAUCCUGGGGGACUGAGCGCUGCACUUCGCACACGAGGGAGGGAAGGAAAAAAAUCCAACCACCAAUCAAAACGCUCCGAUCCAGUCGCUGCCCCGCCCCCCCCCCCCCCCCCAGUGAUCAGAUUGGCUCUGUGCUGCACCAUCGGGUCAAACUUUUCCUUAUUUUCUCGCUGAAAACGGUGUAAGAUGUGCAGAUCGUAUAAAAAUGAAUGAUUUAAUGCUCUCUGUGUAUAAUCUAAAUGUUCGUCUACUCAAAGCAAGUGUUGCAUCAGAUUAUUAAAUGACUGCAUGUACAGAAUCUAACCUGGGGGGCCUCGGACGGCCGGUG